AUGGCCUUGCUCCUCGUCUCCUUGCUGGCAUUCCUGGGCUCGGGGACAGGAUGUCACCACUGGCUGUGCCAUUGCUCUAACAGGGUCUUCCUCUGCCAAGACAGCAAGGUGACGGAGAUUCCGUCCGACCUCCCCCGGAACGCCGUGGAACUGAGGUUUGUGCUCACCAAGCUUCGAGUCAUCCCCAAAGGAUCAUUUUCUGGAUUUGAAGACCUGGAGAAAAUAGAGAUCUCUCAGAAUGAUGUUUUGGAAGUAAUAGAAGCAGACGUGUUCUCCAACCUACCCAAGUUGCAUGAAAUUAGAAUUGAAAAGGCCAACUCUCUGCUGUACAUCAAUCCCGAGGCCUUCCAGAACCUUCCCAAUCUACGAUAUCUGUUAAUAUCCAACACAGGCAUUAAGCACUUGCCAGUAGUUCAUAAGAUUCAGUCUCUUCAAAAGGUUCUAUUAGACGUUCAAGAUAACAUCAACAUCCACACCAUUGCCAGGAAUUCCUUCGCGGGGCUGAGCUUUGAAAGCGUGAUUCUAUGGCUGAAUAAGAAUGGGAUUCAAGAAAUACACAACUGUGCAUUCAACGGAACCCAGCUAGAUGAGCUGAAUCUAAGCGAUAACAAUAAUUUGGAAGAAUUGCCUAAUGAUGUUUUCCGGGGAGCCUCCGGGCCAGUCAUUUUAGACAUCUCAAGGACAAAGGUCCAGUCCCUGCCCAGCCAUGGCUUAGAAAAUCUGAAGAAGCUGAAGGCCAGAUCGACGUACAGCUUAAAGAAGCUUCCUAGUCUGGAAAAGUUUGUCACUCUUGUGGAGGCUAGCCUCACCUACCCCAGCCACUGCUGUGCUUUCGCGAACUGGAGACGGCAAAUCUCUGAACUUCAUCCAAUUUGCAACAAAUCUAUUUUAAGGCAAGAUACUGAUUAUGUGACUCAAGCUAGGGAUCAGAGUGUCUCUGUGAUAGAUGAUGAACCCAGUUAUGGAAAAGAAUCUGACGCGAUGUACAGUGAAUUUGACUAUGACUUAUGUAAUGAAGUUGUUGACGUGACCUGCUCCCCAAAGCCAGAUGCCUUCAAUCCAUGUGAAGAUAUCAUGGGGUACAACAUCCUCAGAGUCUUGAUAUGGUUUAUUAGCAUCCUGGCCAUCACUGGGAACAUCACAGUGCUGGGGAUCCUGACGACGAGCCAGUACAAACUCACAGUGCCCCGGUUCCUUAUGUGUAACCUCGCCUUCGCUGAUCUCUGCAUUGGAGUCUACUUGCUGCUCAUAGCGUCGGUUGAUAUCCACACCAAGAGCCAGUACCACAAUUACGCCAUUGACUGGCAAACGGGACCGGGCUGUGAUGCCGCUGGCUUUUUCACUGUCUUUGCCAGUGAACUGUCAGUCUAUACGCUGACAGCCAUCACCCUGGAAAGGUGGCAUACCAUCACUCACGCCAUGCAACUGGAGUGCAAGGUGCAGCUCCGCCAUGCUGCCAGCAUCAUGGCGAUGGGCUGGAUCUUUGCCUUCGCAGCCGCGCUCUUCCCCAUCUUCGGAAUCAGCAGCUACAUGAAAGUGAGCAUCUGCCUACCCAUGGAUAUCGACAGUCCUUUGUCGCAGCUGUAUGUUGUGGCCCUCCUUGUGCUCAAUGUUCUGGCCUUUGUAGUCAUCUGUGGCUGCUACACCCAUAUCUACCUCACAGUGAGGAAUCCUAACGUUGUGUCCUCAUCAAGCGACACCAGGAUCGCCAAGCGCAUGGCCACACUCAUCUUCACUGACUUCCUCUGCAUGGCCCCCAUUUCUUUCUUUGCCAUCUCGGCCUCACUCAAGGUGCCCCUCAUCACUGUGUCCAAGGCCAAGAUCCUCCUGGUUCUGUUCUACCCCAUCAAUUCCUGUGCCAAUCCUUUCCUCUACGCCAUCUUCACCAAGAACUUCCGCAGGGAUUUCUUCAUCCUGAUGAGCAAGUUUGGCUGUUAUGAAAUGCAAGCCCAGAUUUAUAGGACCGAAACCUCAUCCAAUGCCCACAACUUCCACGCAAGGAAGGGCCACUGCCCCUCAGCUUCCAAAGCCACCAAUAGCUCCAGUUACAUGCUUGUCCGUCUAAGUCAUUCAACCCGGAGCUAA